AUAAACAAUUUAUUAUUAGAGCGCUCGUUCGGACCGGGUCGCAUGGCCGUGAUUUGUCCGAUGGCUAUGAUAUACAGAAAUACUCGCGCAAUAAACGAAUAGCCAACGCGUACAAAGGCCGCGCGACAUCAGACAUUCAAACGAACUGUGGAAGUCGAUUAUCACGGCACCGAGCCAUCUCAGCCAACGGCGUUGACAUCGGCAUCUAAAUUCGAUUCAUCAAAAAAUAGGGAAUGGCUACCACAUCCCGAAGUAGAAGAAAGGACGAUGACAAGAAGAAGAAAAAGUCACCUGUGGACGAUCGCCCUACGGUACCAGCGCCCAGCGAAGCGAUGCUCAAAAACCUCCGGACAGCGUUCGGCCUACUGGAUCGGGAUAGUGAUGGUCACGUGACACCGGCAGAGCUUCAAUAUAUGCUGCAAAAGCUGGGCAUCGAAGUCAGUGAUGACUUAAUAGCGGAACUUAUUAAGGAUGCCAGUAAAACUGGAAAUGGACUAAUAGAUGAGAACGACUUUAUGCAAUGGGUCACGAAAAUACAAGCUAUACAAGGAAUGGACGUUAGUUCUAGUGGCGGUGAUUCAGAAGAGGAAAUCACCAAAGAUCUCCUAGCAGCGUUCAAGGUAUUUGACCGGGAUGACAACGGCUAUAUAACUCGAGAUGAGUUACGGACUGCGUUGGAGAUAAUCGGUGAGCCCGUAACCGACGCGCAGCUGAACCAGGUGCUUGCAUUGGGAGACAUCGAUCAUGACGGGAGAAUUGAUUAUGAGGAAUUUGUGAAAAUGCUGUUGUAACCAGUUCUCCAGAGUCCUGAAGUAAAAGACCUCACUAGAUUAAGACCCUAAGUUAUAUAUAAGUCAUGCGUAAUAAUACUAACCCCAUCAAAAAUUUAUAGGUAAACCGUGUAUUUUUAAGACGAAUGUUUAAGCAAUAUUUUUGAUAAUGAAUAGUUUUGUGCUGAGAAUAUUAAAGACCCAAACCUUAUAAAGGUCAUAACAUCUUCCAUUUUAAUAUGAAGUAGCCAUCUACGUUUGUGUUUUAUUAAAUAUAAAGAUAUAAUUUUCUAAUUCUUAAAUAUGAAAAAAACGCUAUAUUAUUUAGAAAUUUUAAAAAUAAACAUCCGAAAGACAUAGUCUAGUCAAAUAUUUUUAUAUAAAAUAGUUUAAUUUAUUAAAAAAUAUAUAAUAUUUAUUUAGUCGGUCAAACUAAAAAGUUUUUAUAUAAUUAUUGUUUGUCGUAGGUUGAAUGCAUGUAGUUUUAGUAGUUAGGCAUAUCAUUGUAAAGUAUUCGUUAAGUUUAUUCUAAGUACACAAUAACUGGAAGUAACGCUUUUAAUAUUUAUGAUUCGACUGAUUGAAUAAUGUUUUAUAACAUGAAAUUUAUUCAAUCAGUUCUAGUCAAUAUAUAAGUGAAAUUUAUAAUAAUUGGUCCAAAAAAGUAAAGAUACAAUAGAGAUCAAAUCAAAUGCCUACAAAUUGUUUGGUGCUUAAGAAUACAUUUUUAUCGCAAUAAAAACAUUUUUUAAACUUGUGAAACAUA